AUGUCUGUUGCUGAGCUGGAGGAAGAGGUUUCUGUAAGUAUUAUCAACGUUGAUGAGUUGCAGAACCAUGGGAUUAACGCGUCAGAUUUGCAGAAGCUAAAGGCAAGUGGUAUAUUCACCGUAAAUACGGUUCUAUCCACGACUAGGAGAAGUUUAGCAAGAAUCAAAGGUUUAAGUGAAGUUAAAGUAGAAAAGAUUAAAGAAGCUGCCGGUAAAAUUAUUAAAGUUGGAUUCAUUCCAGCUACGAUCCAAUUAGACAUUAGACAGAAAGUUUACUCUAUAUCCACUGGAUCUAAGCAACUGGACUCAAUUCUUGGUGGUGGAAUUAUGACAAUGAGCAUAACAGAGGUUUUUGGAGAGUUUAGAUGUGGUAAAACGCAAAUGUCGCAUACUUUAUGUAUUACCGCGCAACUAUCUAAGGAGCUGGGUGGCGGCGAAGGCAAGGUUGCCUAUAUCGAUACUGAAGGUACAUUUCGACCUGAAAGGAUUAAACAAAUUGCUGAGAGAUACGAAUUGGACCCUGAAGUAUGUUUAGAAAACGUCUCAUAUGCAAGAGCUUUAAAUAGCGAACAUCAGAUGGAGUUAGUGGAACAAUUAGGUGGAGAACUUAGUACGGGGCAGUACAGGUUAGUAAUUGUAGAUUCUAUAAUGGCCAACUUUAGAGUCGAUUACAGUGGUCGUGGGGAAUUAAGUGAAAGACAACAGAGAUUAAACCAACAUUUAUUCCGCUUAAAUCGACUCAGUGAAGAGUUCAAUGUAGCGGUAUUCAUGACAAACCAAGUUCAAUCCGAUCCCGGUGCUUCGGCGUUAUUUGCAUCUGCAGACGGUAGGAAACCAGUGGGCGGUCAUGUACUUGCACAUGCAUCAGCGACCAGAAUUCUAUUGAGGAAAGGCCGUGGUGAUGAGAGGGUGGCUAAACUUCAAGAUUCUCCAGAUAUGCCUGAGAAAGAAUGUGUUUAUAUCAUUGGUGAAAAGGGUAUUACCGAUUCCACCGAAUAA